CUCGGCUUUCGCCAUCUUCUCUGUUCUUCUCCAGAUUCUUCGUGCUUUUCUACAUUUUUCUCCUCCUCCUCGUUCUCCUUCUCCAUUGUAGCUUAUUCUAGACUUUGAAGAGUAUGGAAUGAGAAUAUACUUGUAUAUUUCUACCAAAAAUUUUACAGUCGAUUAUCUUUCUUCCAAUGCACAUUCGUGCAUUCUAACUCGUUUGAAUCUCAACUUCUAUUUGAGACUUUGAAAUUCAUAUUCAAUUAUCUAUCUUCCAGCCGACAUUGAUGAGAAUCAGGAGGUUGCUGAAACUGAAGUCGAAGCCGGAUUGAAUUCAGUUAGAGCUCAGCCUUAACCAGCUGACAUGGAGAGAGCCUCGUGUCCGGUUCUUCACACACUAUCCGUUCCGCGCAUUUUCAAUAAAGAUAACAGAUGCUUCCUAGGUGCAUCGACAAGCAAUUUUCCACUGCUUCCUCAAUAUUCGUUCACCACCCUACCACCGUAUUCCAAUUUUCCUGGAAAAGUUGUGCGCUCCACUCGGCUCAUCACUUCUUGCUCGCCAUCUAGACCCCACUACCAGGACUCAUCUCAAGAACUUGCCGUUCUCCUUGAAGUCGAUGGGGUCCUUAUGGAUGCUUACCGUGUGGGCAAUCGUCAAGCCUUCAAUAAAGCAUUUCAUAAUCUUGGGCUUGAUUGUGCAAACUGGACCGAACCUGUCUACUUAGAUCUUGUAAGGAGAAGUGCCAGUGAUGAGGAAAAGAUGCUCUUUCUGUACUUUAACAGAAUUGGAUGGCCUACUUCAUUACCCACAAGCGAGAAGGGAAAGUUUGUAAAAAGUGUUUUGCAGAAGAAGGAGAAGGCAUUGGAAGAGUUUGUGAUGUCAAAGAAUCUACCUUUACGACCAGGGGUUGACCAGUUUAUUGAUGAUGCAUAUAAUGAGGGAAUUCCACUGGUAGUGAUAACUGCAUGCAGAAAAAGUGGUAAUGAUAUUGCCAGGGCAAUUAUAGAAAAGCUUGGUGAUCAAAGCUCAAAGGUAAUGAUUGUUGGUGAUAAGGAAGUUGAGGAAAGCAUGUAUGGCCGACUUAUAUCUAGGAAUUUACUUUCUUCUGGUUUGGAUGAACAGCUUUCCAAGGAAGCCAAAAGAGCAGUUUCCGCAGAGAAACAAAGGAUAGCAAAGGAGGUUGCCUCCAUGCUAAAGUUGAGUGUUGAAAUUGACACCACCUUAUCUGAAAGUCUUGAAAAGAUUGUAGCUGCAAUUCGUGCGGGAGCAGAAUAUGCAGGAUUACCUGUUUGCAAUUGUGUCCUUGUUGCAGGGAGUAAAUCUGGGGUUGCUGGAGCUGAAGUUGUAGGCAUGCCAUGUGUUGUUUUAAGGAGUAGCUUGACAUCCAGAGCUGAGUUCCCUUCGGCAAAUGCUAUAUUUGAUGGGUUUGGAGGUGGAGAUUUGACAAUUUCUAGAUUACGAAGUCUAUCUGAAAAGGAAAAACCACGAAGUUAACUCUGGCAAAUUUGUAGCUGCAAAGUUCGUUUUAUGUUUAGAGGAAAUUUUUGCUCACUAGAAUUUGCGAUGAUGCAAAAAGGUUUAUAAUAUCAUCUCUUUUGUGUCAAGUGUUGAGUUGAUCUCUGGUAAUGGUAGAGGUGUACAGGGGCCCAAACCUGAUCCGGCUUAAUAACUUCAGGUUGCGACGGUUCAAAAAUUGGAAAAGCGUAAAUGGGUCAAACCUGGUUUAGAAUUCCACUUUAAUCCCUUCUGUACUCAGGUUUCUUCCUUAUACAAAAGCGUAUGGAUGAGAGCAUCUUCAGGUCUAAA